AGCUACAACGGUUACCACGACCGGGAAAUAGUAUCAUGUCUCCCUUUAUGUAUUUGGCUUCAUCUCAUCAUGUAGACGUAUAUAUUCCUAGUUUCCUGUUGUAUUGAUUUCAACUAUCAUUCUAAUCAAUGCUUUUGAUCCAUUCAAUGUUACUGAGACAUGACAACUGUUUUAGACGUCUUUGGACCUUCGAAUGACGCCUGCUCUGUCUCUGUAAAUAACGUAUGCCAAUUUACACCUCUUAUUUCGUGUUCACCAAACAGUAAUGACGAACAGCUGUGUGGCAAAAAUGAUUUGUUUCUUGCUGAAUCAACUCAUGAUGAGUCACUUCAAAGGUCAUCACCAUCGUCCUUCAAAACACCUAGUAAAGAAGUUUCUUCCCCGGGAUCAUUUGAAUUACCAUCAAUGCCGAGUGAAAAAAGUAGCUCUCGUGACUGUUCCGACGGACAUUGUUCAGUAAACUUUUUAGUUUCUUCAGACUUAACUGAUACCGAUCGUUCAAACAGUGUAUGCUCCCUUUCUCCCUGUGCACAACCAGUUGAACAUUGUUCAAAUACUAGUGAUGACUUUUGUGUUCUUUGUCCAGAGGAAUUGUUAGAAAGUGCCUUCGUCAGACCUAUACGUGCAGACAUGAACCAUGUAAGUCGCUCCAUUUCACACGAAGUUUCUAUGAAUUUCACGAGUACAAAAACGCCUCAGGACGCGUCGUUUCAAAUCUCAUUUCCGAAUAAUGAAAGCUCCGCUGCAUUUAAAUCACUUGCUUACAACGAUUUAAGUCGUACCUGCCCACUUCAAUACGAACACUACGGUAAGCCUCUUAGAUCUGAUUGUCAACAGCAACGCGGGACUGCUCCUCAUUCUACUGUUAUGACUGAAUCAUAUGUUUUACCUUCAAAGGUAUGUAAUACAAAGGCUAGUUCUGGUGUUUUUGAGGCUUCAGACCUUUCUACUUCCCAUGGUCAUUCAGUUACGUAUCCUAUGAAUUCGUCAACAAAUUUUAACUCCCGUCAAUUCAGUGAUAUCUAUCAAAAUUCACGAAGUACACCUAACCGUUUUUGUGUUCGAGAAAAUCCUGUCCCUGUUUCAACAUCUUUUUUCCCUUGUCACAAUAAAGACGAGGUGUUUCAUUGUCAAAUAGAUGUUCGUCUUCAAAGAUCAAAAUCUACCUUUGCAUCGUCAACGGUUUCUCUAAAUGCAGCUGACUCCUAUACUUCCCAAUAUGAUCCUGUCAAUCCAAGAAACAAGUGUGUAAAUAAUUCUUUUUCUCAUAAUCGAGUCCCUGCUAUUCCUGAAACAGAAAGAUUAAUAACUAGCUCUUUUGGCAAAAAACCUUGGAAUGCGUGUUCUAAUCCUAAUAUUUUAUCAUCUACACCUCACAACCCUUACGUUGAGCCAAGACAAUUAUUAUUUAACCGCGGCCGUCAUAAAUACAAAGCAACAACUACCACUGCAACCACUUACCCCACUUACAUUCAUGAUCAAAAUGCAGCUUUGAGCCGCGACAAAAUUCUACCAACUGACCGGAAACCUUUUAUCAGCAGUUCAGAGUCAGGGCAGGAUUGGAGAACUAGUGAAGCGAGUUCAGUAACCAAGACAGAUUGUUUUCCAGUGUUUGAAUGUCAUGAUUCUUCUGCAUCCAAAUACAAGCGUAAAGGUACAAUUAUGUCGGAACGUGGUGGUAAGCGUCAUAGGUCAUCGAACAAGGAAAUGCCUGUUUGUCUUUCAAGUCAGUGUCCGGCAGAUGUAUUUCUGCGUUCUGUUUUAUUACAGGAUGUCAGUCGUUUUCUUCAAAAUCCUGUACUUCAACCAUCACUACACUUAAAUGCUCCAACUCCUUUGCCAUUAUGUACUCAGAAUAAUUUCCCUGUUAGUAACAGUGAUAUUUGUUCUCGGGGCCAGAAGUACUUCCGUUUUCCAUUUUCUCUAUGCAAACCAGAAGAAAAACCUGUAGCAGAAGAGACCAUUUUUAGGUUUUUGAGUCGGUAUCCUGACGUUAAAGGGAGAACUGACCAUUUAAAUCAAGAAAAUUUCUUGGUUGAUGCACAUCGACGUGCACUUGAUAGGAAUUUUAAUUUUGUAUACUUAUCUCCCACUCCCGAGAGUCAGGUAUCAUCCUUCAACCUUUUAAAUAUAAAUCACUUGUAUGAUCGCCAUGCUGUAGACUGCGUAACUCCACCUCUCUCACCCAAAGUUAAUGACAGAUUUCAGUGUUCUACAUCUGAGUUAAUCCGAAACACCAAAUGUGACCUGAAGUAUCGUGAGGAGGUUGUUUUACUUGAUCAGCUGGGUGGUAAAGCAAAUAAAACCUGUUUUCAUUGUAAAAUGCAAAUCAUAUUGCCCCAAAAGGCCAUUAUGUUUAAGACGCAAGAUAAAGAUACUUCCUUGCCAGUUUGCAGUUCUCGUUGUUUAAUGGAGCUAAAAAAACAAGGGCCUAGUUAUAUAAUGCCAUCUGUUUCUGAUGCAAAUAGUUGUGAUUUUCCUUUCACAGUUACUUUAACGAAUGAAUCUCAUCCAUUAACUGUAUUUUUAGUAAAAAAUAUCUCUGCUAAGCGUCUAAAGCAAAAUUCAAGGCGUCUUUCUCAGGAUGCGAAACUGAAUCAUAGGCGAAAUACAAAUGACGUGUCUUACAAUCGUUCAUCUUUUGGAAUUAUUUCGUCUGUCAAACGUUGGCGCAACAUGCGUUGGCGGAGAUAUACCAGCAAAUCUUCAUUGUGUUCAUCUAAUGUGUAUCAAACGUUGCAAAAUGCACCUGUGUUCAACAAAAACUGUUCUCUGCUGGAACAGAGUUCAUGUAGUGACACUCGUGUAUGUCAUUUAUGUCAUCAGAAAGGAGAUGGAUCGAACAACGUAACUAGUAGGUUGCUUAAUUACAAUGCAGACAAAUGGUUGCAUCUCAACUGUAUACUGUGGUGCUACGAAACCUAUGAAACCAUCGAUGGUUCAUUGAUGAAUGUGUCGUGUUCUUUAAAAAAAGCCUUAAAAACUCACUGUACUCAUUGUAAUGAUCUUGGUGCAGGCUUACCGUGUUUUGAUUCAGAUUGUCAAGCUAUAUAUCAUCUUCCUUGUGCUUACCAAAUAAACUGUUCAUUUCAUCCUGAUCGAGGAAUGUAUUGUCCGUUACAUUGUAGUAGUGCAAACAGUGUUCUCUGCCUUGAUAGUUUGGCAGUGGAAAGGAAGGUUUUUAUUUCACGAGAUGAACAUUCACAAGUGGAGAGAAUAAUUUCAGAUGAGGAUAAUUUAAGCAUAGUUCAAAAUACCGAAGGAUCUAAAGCAAAACUACGUGUUGGGACACUGAUACUACAUAGAGUAGGACAGUUAUUACCCGAACAAUUGUCCAGUGGUUUUUUCCAUACCAGUAAUUUUAUAUAUCCCGUCGGAUAUUGGAGUACUCGGAUUUAUUGGUCAUUUCGCCAUACUGGUCGCCGUUGUCGUUAUGAUUGUCGAAUUGACGAUGUGAUACCAUCUGAUGAUCAAGAUGCAUCACAUUUAAAGUCUGUUUUAGUCAAGUUUACUGUCGAAGUUAUAGAGCCAAAUGAGGAGAAUAUAUACUUCGAAGACUCAACAUGUGAUGGUGUUUGGCAAAAGAUAUUAAGUCGCAUAAAUUUAUCCCGAAGACGUUCGUCAUUUCUUCGGAUAUUGCAAAGUAAUAUUCAAGGUGAGGUGUUAUUUGGGCUCACAGAACCACACGUCGUUCGUGCUAUUGAAUCUUUACCCGGUGUUGAUCGUCUGAGCAAUUACCUGUUUAAGUUUGGUAAAAUGCAGUUAAUCCAAGAGAUGCCUUUAGCAAUUAAUCCUACUGGAUGUGCUCGGUCUGAACCAAAACUCCGUACAUAUAUCCGGCGAAAGCCUGCUGGAGAAAUCAACAGUUGUCCCUAUAUUACUCAUAAUCAUGUUACUCUUGAGACUCCGGGUCCUUCCUACAAUUCAGAUGUUGGAAGUCCUACUUAUCUGAAUUCUCAAUCUCCUACUAUGACUAGUAAGUCGCAGCAAUAUCGGCGAUUACGAUGGGAGUGGAAAACAAAUGUUAUCCUGGCUCGUUCACGAAUCCAAGGGUUGGGACUAUAUGCUGCUCGUGAUUUAAGCAAAAGUACAUUCAUUAUUGAAUAUUUAGGUGAAAUCAUUCGUAACGAGGUAGCUAAUCGCCGAGAGCGUUUAUAUGAAUCACAAAAUCGAGGAAUAUACAUGUUUCGAGUAGACGAUGAUUGGAUUGUAGAUGCAACUAUGUGUGGAGGAUUAGCUCGUUAUAUUAAUCAUUCUUGUGAUCCAAAUUGUACCGCGGAAAUUCUUAACUGUGAUAAUUCAAACCAUAUAGUGAUAAUUGCUAGUAAAAACAUUGAAAAAGGUGAUGAAUUGACCUAUGACUACAAAUUCGACUUCGAAGAAGAUCGCCGAGAUAGGAUUCCAUGCCUAUGUGGUUCAGCUAAUUGUCGAAAAUGGAUGAACUAAUAAUAAUAACCUCUAAGGUUGUGUUUCUAACAACACCACUUUAAUUUCAUUUCUGUAAAGUAUGAAUUUGCGCCCAUAUUUCUCUCAUUACUUACAUUAUCUUCUCAUCUUAUAUUUCUUUGAACAUACCUAGUUCAUUUUUGAUUUUCAAAUCAAAUGUUCUUUCAGAUAUUUCUUUGUUUAAUUUUGUUCUCACUACACAACUUAGCCGACGUUUUGUAUAGAUAUGGUUGCAUUUUUUUUGUCUUUGCACUAUGUGAUAUUCUUUCUGAUGUAUUACUGCUGAUUUAAUAUAUUUAGUUCUCUUAAUUAAAUUUCAGAUUUACAUUGUGUACAUACUGGUCCUUUUGGAUCUGUGUAUAAAACAUUAAUGUGGCUGUGGGCUAUCAUUCACUUGAGGCUAAUGUGUAUAAUAUCUGUAUCAUAUUUUCCAAAGUUAUUUAAUAAAAACACAAUGUUCCAUGAUUAUCAGUGUUUUUUUUAACUUUUGUUUGAUGUUUGAGUGUUUUGUUUGCUUCCGUAUAACAAUUUUUUCUUAUCUGCAUUAGUAUUUGUGAUAUAUUUAAUUUGAAAUAGAAGUAUGUUCUGUGGAAAAGGUGGAGAAGUAUUAUGAUAUAUAUGUUUAGACAUGUUAGCGGUAGCAUUUUCAUUAACUGAAUAAUGUUCAUUAAAUUUAUCCACAAAAAGUUUGAAAGCGAUUAUACUCUACGGCAUAGAGGUUUCGUGUGGUUUUUAAACUAAAGGCGGAAAAAAACACUUACAUUGUCGAUCAUCAUAUGUAAUUCGUCAAAUGUCCAGUCAUUCAGAUUUCUCAUUCAUUCUACAGACAACUAACUUUUUGGCGAAUUCUGUACUUUAUUAAGUUUGUCUUUAGAUGGCUAUCUCAACCUUUGUGAUAUAUAUAUAUAUAUAUAUAUAUAUAUAUAUAUGGCUUUAAAUCGUGGACUGUCGCACACAUGAAUUAACUCCUUGUCACUUUUCAGCAUAUAAAGAGGCCUUAUAAUUGUUCUCUUUAUCCCACUCAUUUCUGUUUAUUUUGGGUAUUAUUAAGUCCCUGUUAAUUUUUUUUCAAGUCUACGAUGUGUAGUCAACGUUCUACUUCGAUUCACCAGUCAGUGACAUCAUCCCAAUCAUAAUAUGUUUCAUUUGUUAAAUUUCGUCAUGAACAAUCAUUAUUUAGAGGUCUUUGGAAAUCAGGGAGCACUGGACAGGUGCUUCAUCCUAUUUCGGAGCUCUUGAACAGUGCGCACCUACAAUCUUAUCAGACCCAAUUUGCUGGAUGGUUAACGAGCUUGGUCUUGUAACCUGAGGGUCCCGCGUUCGAUUCCCGGUCGUCAGUGUUCAUUGCUGAAGGGUUCCAAAAUAGGAUGAAACAGCUGUCUAGUUUCUAAUGAUCUCUAACUAAUGUUGGUUUGUGAAGAAGUCUGACAAAUAGAAUUAUUCCCAAUCCCCACAAGUCCUAAAACCUAAACGUCAUGUGUUCAUCGUUGAUUAACUUGCUGCGUAAGUUUCUUUAUUUUUAAGAUAUGUUCCAGCGAUACUUUUCCGUAACAUCAAUUCAAUUUCUGUAUUAUUGAAGAUGAAACACUCGUGUCGUUAGUACUGAAAUGCUUUGAAUGGUAG